GGAGCGUGGAUUUGUCAGUUAGGGUUCAGGAGGUUUAGGAACUUUUGCAUCGUUGCUCGGAUGCUCUGUAUUUGAUCAAGCUCAAUUCGAGUGCGAGUGCAUGACCAGAAUUACGGGUGUUCAUGCUGCGUGUGGUCUAUGUUCGGCGAUUGUCGCGUGAACACUUAGAAGUUCUAGAGGAUCGGUGGUUUGGUGCUUUGAGGAGUUUUGGGCAGAAUGGCGUGGGGUUUGUGCUUAGUCACUGAGCGUACUGAAUCAGGAGCACCUGUAGUGGAUGCAGAAAAUGAUGAGAGAGUAGCGCAUAUUCAGCCAGAUGUCGAAAUCGUGCUUGGGGAUGGGCAUGUUGACCAUUUUGGAACUCUCUAUGUGACCACCAGGCGCUUGGUCUGGUUGAGCAACGAGGACACGCAGAAGGGAUAUGGUGUCGACUUCAUUGCAUUGACAAUGCAUGCUAUCUCCAGAGAUAUUGAAGCUUAUCCAGAGCCCUGCAUUUACACUCAGAUUGACAAUGGCAGGGAAGAGGAUGAGUUUGAAGAAGAUGAUGAUGCAGAGGAGUCUCUUCCUGCCGAGUCAAACGGUUCUGUGAUCGAUCUCUCUCUAAUUACAGAGAUGCGGCUUGUUCCGAAAGACAUUAGUGUCUUGGAUCAUCUGUUUCAAGUGCUACGCGAUUGCGCUCUGUUGAACCCCGAUGCAGAAGUUGAACAAGAAGGUGAAGCAGAUUGGGUCUUCGACGAGGAUGAAGUGAUGGGAAAUAUCAUCGGAGCUGCACCCGAUAGCAGUAAUGUUGAUCGGAAUAUAGACCUUGCAGAGUUGUUACAUCAGGACUCGCGGUUUGAAGAUGCAGAAGAAGAGGAUUCUGAUGAGAAAGGCAGCUGAAAUUCUGAAGCAGGAAGCACCCAGUUUUGUCAACAUCAGCAUCAGGCGUACUCUUGGUUUAAAUACUUAUCAGGAUUGAGAACAUAGGACCUUAACAAAUUCGACAGGAAACGCUUUUUGUAACUUAUAUGUUCUUGUUAUGCAAAUAAACAUAUAUUAAGUAGAAAGAACGAUAACAUAUAUUAAAAAAAGUUAAGAUAUGGGUACUUCAAAUUAUAAUAUCACCAAUUGAUUUAUGUAUCCAUUUGAACAGUUA